AUGGCCAACAUAAACUGGCGCACGAUAAACGUCGACGCCUACGACCCGGACUCUGCGUUGAACUUUCCCCUUUCCACCCUCCUACCAUCCAACCUACCCGCACCCUCCACAUCCUCCGAGUCAGCACAGCUAGGCCAACAGGUCCGGCAACUCCUGCGGGCCGGGGACAGCCUGGGUGCUCUACAGUCGGCGCUGGAAACCGCCCCUCUGGCAGGCGACGAGGGCGCAAAGCAAGUCCACCUCACCACCGUCUUGGAGGUGCUGCAAGGCAUCAGGCAGAGCGAUGUCAGUCGGAUAUUGACGGAGAUGCUGAAACAGCCGGGCGGCGCGGCGCUGGGAGAUACCCUGAUGAAGUACAUAUACAAGGGCAUGGCCAGUGGGAGCAGCACCGGUAGCAGCAAAGGAGUGAGUCCGCAGGUGACCGGGACGGGGUUCAGUCAAAUUCAAUCGCGGAACUUUGGUGAAGGCGGAGGUGGUCAGGUCAUGAGCGUGCUGCUGAGCUGGCAUGAGAAGCUGACGGAGGUAGUGGGCGUGGGCGGGAUUGUGAGGGUCAUGUCUGAUCGACGGACGGUAUAA